GAGCCCAGAGGCGGUUGUGAUAGUCGGUCGGAGUCGCUUUCAGGAUCCUGAGAUCCGGAGAAGCCGGGGUCCGAGCGGGGUCUCACUAUGUAGUUCAGGCUGGCCUUGAACUUUUACUAUGGAGCCUCGGCUGGCCUGGAAUUCAUCAGUCUUCCUGCCUCUGUCUCCCUAGUGCUGAGAUUACAGGAAUGUACCACCACGCCCCGCUUCUUUGUCCUACUUUUGAACACGCUCCUCAAGAGUUACUGAUAAAUGAAAUGGCAGAGAAUGGAAAAAAUUGUGACCAGAGACGUGUAGCAAUGAAUAAAGAACAACACAAUGGAAAUUUCACAGACCCCUCUUCAGUGAAUGAAAAGAAGAGGAGGGAUCGGGAAGAAAGACAGAAUAUUGUCCUGUGGAGACAACCACUCAUUACCUUGCAGUAUUUUUCUCUGGAAACCCUUGUAAUCUUAAAGGAAUGGACCUCAAAAUUAUGGCAUCGUCAAAGCAUUGUGGUGUCUUUUUUACUGCUGCUUGCUGUGCUUGUAGCUACGUAUUAUGUUGAAGGAGCACAUCAACAGUAUGUGCAGCGUAUAGAGAAACAAUUUCUUCUGUAUGCCUACUGGAUAGGCUUGGGAAUUUUGUCUUCUGUGGGGCUUGGAACAGGGCUGCACACUUUUCUGCUUUAUCUGGGCCCACACAUAGCUUCAGUUACAUUAGCUGCUUAUGAAUGCAAUUCAGUUAAUUUCCCCGAACCACCCUAUCCUGAUCAGAUUAUUUGUCCAGACGAAGAGGGCACGGAAGGAACCAUUUCCUUGUGGAGUAUCAUCUCGAAAGUUAGGAUCGAGGCCUGCAUGUGGGGUAUUGGUACAGCAAUCGGAGAGCUGCCUCCAUAUUUCAUGGCCAGGGCAGCUCGCCUCUCAGGUGCUGAACCUGAUGAUGAAGAGUAUCAGGAAUUUGAAGAGAUGCUGGAACAUGCGGAGUCUGCACAGGGAUCGAACUUGGGACCUCGUGCUUUCGAGGACUUUCCCUCUCGAGCUAAACUGGCAGUUCAGAGACUCGUACAGAAGGUUGGAUUUUUUGGAAUAUUGGCCUGUGCUUCUAUUCCAAAUCCUCUAUUUGAUCUUGCUGGAAUAACAUGUGGACAUUUUCUUGUACCUUUUUGGACCUUCUUUGGUGCAACCCUGAUUGGAAAAGCAAUAAUUAAAAUGCAUAUCCAGAAAAUCUUUGUUAUUAUAACAUUCAGCAAGCACAUCGUGGAGCAGAUGGUGGCUUUCAUUGGUGCUGUCCCAGGCAUAGGUCCGUCUCUGCAGAAGCCCUUCCAGGAAUACCUCGAGGCCCAGCGGCAGAAGCUGCACCACAGGAGCGAGGCGGGUGCGCCCCAGGGAGAAAACUGGCUGUCCUGGAUGUUUGAGAAGUUGGUGGUUGUGAUGGUGUGUUACUUUGUCCUGUCUAUCAUUAACUCCAUGGCACAGAGUUAUGCCAAACGAAUUCAGCAGCGGUUGAACUCAGAGGAGAAGACUAAAUAAGCAAAAAGCCGUUUUUAACUGCAGCAGUUGUAGUGGAUGGGUUCUGCCUUAAAUUGGGAGGACUCCACAUCAGGAGGGAAAAUUCCCUUUUCCAACCGGUAUCAAUUUUAAAGACGUCCGGAAAGCAGUUUAGGCCCUGUUUUGCACUAACACGCCUUUCCUGAGUGUGUUAAGGUGAGGUGUCCACCUUGGUUAAACCCACCUUGUGUUUCAUUAGGCUGGAGUGUGAUGUUCAGCCAGAAACUUACCAGAAACUGGCCUUCUGUUACUUUCAAAAGGCCCGUGUGGUACAAUUAGAGAAUUCCUGCCGCACCAAAAGUUCCUAAGUAUGUUAACUAUGUCAAGUUUUUAGGCUUGUAACAAAUGAUUGCUUUGUUUUUCUAAGUCAUCAAAAUGUAUAUCAGUUCUAUAGAUUGGAUAAGAGUCUUGCAUGUCUAUCAUGAUACAAUUUAAUAUGCCAUCCUGCCCAGUCCUUCCCCUUCCACCCUCAGAAAAAGGACAUUUUAUGAUGCAUUGCACACCCUCUGGGGAAAUUUAUCUUUAAAUUCUGAGACAGUAUAAGGAAAAUCUGAUUGGUGUCUCAUGAAUGAGCUAACACCAUUUUUUAUUCUGUGUAUUUAGAAUGAAGUCAUGAAAAAACUUUAUAAAGACAUCUUUGAUCAUUCCAAAAUUGUGUCCGUUUUCUUGAGCGUUUUGAUUAUUUUUUACUUCCAUUUGGCUUCUGCCACCUGAAUGACAGCCCUGCCAAAUCUUCCUACAACCAGAGUCUCUUAACCCUUUAUUUUCAUGAAGUAAAAGAGACAGCUUUUAUUGUGCUGGGAUUGGGCAGCCGCACACUGCUAAAUGGCACUUGAGAUCAGCCUAAUUUAGGGAUUUCUUGGUUUUUGAGAACAGGAGAGGGGAUCGCCUAAUACACAAAUCUGAACACACCGGAGAGGGCUGGGGCAUAGCUCAGCGGUGUCGCACUUGUAUGAGCGCCUGGGUUCAGUCCCCACUACCUCAGAAACUCUGGAAAGAGAAAUUACUCAUUUUUAAAAACUGUACUUUCUCAUAUAUAUGUUAAUUUUAGUUAGCAUGUGGUUUUAACAGGCAAAAGUUUAUUUUUAUAUGUAACCCAGUUUCCUUUCUGUGUUUUAUUCUUAAUGUGAUUUUCCUUUGGGAUGUUUCUGAUGGAACCUAUUCAUUUUGUUUCUCUUGGUAGGAAAAUAAACAAUUUUACUUUUUCCCUUUAGGAAAAUUGAUACCGAUGUUGUGUCAAACUAGAAUAGAAUUGGGGUUAAAUCCCAACAGGUCAGAAAUGCUUGGUUUGUUAUAGCAAAUCCUGCCUGAAUGUCUGCCUGUUUUGCCUCCCGUCAAGACAUCUCCAUGGCCGUACCACCUUGUACCACCUUGUCGGGUAGCUUAUCAGACUGAUGUUGACUAUUGAAUCUCAUGGCAACAGCAGUCGAUGGGCUGUCUGACAUUCUGGUAUCUUUCAUCUGACCAUCCAUAUCCAAUGUUCUCAUUCAAACAUUACCAGCAUCAUGGUGUAACAAAACCUGUGGUCCUUAUGUCUGUUGCCACCUUUGAGUUCCUUUAUGCCACGAUAUUGCAGCAAUGUGGAGAGAAGCUUUUAUGGGAGAUUGGGGCAGUUUCCAUGACCACAAUGAGAUAAAUAAAGGAUAAGUAACCUGCCA